AUGUCUUCUCCGGUGCUUGUAAUGGAUAUCGGCGACAACGAUCAAGUUACACGUUACGACUAUGAUGGAACAGACCCUGAAUCCAUGAGAGAGCUAGAAUGCGAUCUUUAUAACCCGGAUCCCGAUCGGAGUAAUCGUCCGCGCUGUCGUAUUAUCUGCGCACAACAUAUCACUUGCUUGAGCAUGCAAGCGCUGGGCAGUGGGCUUUCAUUGGACCCUAAUGUCUUCAGUCACCAUAUCGGGACAUCAUUCAAGGAUAUUGAAAAGAGCACAGGUAUUGGUAAGCUCUGCAACACAAAGAUUGAUCAUAUCCCUUCAUCUGUGGGCACCUUUGAGUUUGAGAAAAACCUACAAAUUCUCAAAUGCCACCUAGGGAGACUUUCAAUUGCCAAUGUGGAGCAUGCAAAAGAUCUCACAACCCGUGACUCAAUUAUGAAGUCCAUCUACCGUCAUCAAGGUCAACCUAUCACAUUUUCUGUGGAUGUGCCGCGAACAAUAUAUGUGCAAGGAUAUCAAUCCGAGGACGACAGAACAAAGCCUACUGGAAGAAAUCUACGGGCAAGGGCGUUGGCGUUACAGAGCCCAGUGUUGAAUCGUCGCAUUGCUCGGAAGAGAUUUGUGGACGAUAGCAUGUUUUGCGACCAAGGGGAACGAUAUUCACAAAAUGGCCUGGACAUUCUACAGCGCAUUACCAUUCAUGUGAUAGAAGACAGCCUAAACCCCGGUAUUGAACAAGUCUUGGUUCUAUUUCCACCCUGUCCGGAUCUUGAUGGGGACAAUGCAGACAACGAUCCUCAUGUCUUUCUUGAGCCUCUGGCCAAGAAAGAAAAUAUCAAAUCAUUCAAGGAAUUUUGUCUGAAUCUGGAUCAAAAGGAUCAUGAAUCUACUAUGAAAUAUACGGCAUCGCGACGGACUAUGCCUCAAGACGUUGAAAUCUUCGCCAAUGAUCUUCUUCUCGAGAAUGAAUCUGGUACUCGCAAAGAAGUGACGGAUAUUAUCCAAAUUGUACGGUCUUAUGCUCUGAAUGCAUGGUUUGAUCGCCUGCAGACAUUGCAAGACCAGCUCGAAGAUCUCAGGCUUCAAAGUUUAUCCCAUGGAGGUACACAGCGCAACGAAGAUCCACAGGACUCUGACGAGGAAAACCACACAGUUAAUGGACUCCUUGAUGAGGAAGGAAUGAAAAGUGCCAUUGUUCGCUACAUGUCGUCACUGGACACAGAAGAGCAGCGGUUGAGAGUCGAUAUGCAUGCGGCAAGAAUAGAGUCAUCCAUCGACAGUUUGGACUAUACUACACUAGAUGACACGAGGGAGAUAUAUAUUAAGAUACGAUUGCAUAUGAGCAAUCUUCUCUACAAUACCCAGCAUUUACUCGAUAUGAAGAAUAGCAAGAUACAACAAGCUUUAACAACUCUUCAAAUCAAAGAAAGCAGAAAGUUCAUCGAGCAGGCAAAAACAGUGAAGAGGUAUGAUAUCAAGCUACUUUGA